UAAUUCAAUUAUACAGGACAAAAUAAAAUUAAUCCUAGGCUAGGCCCCUGCCCGCAAUGGCAGAGUCCAAACCCAGUCAUCUUUGCCUAUACAUAAGCUCCAGCGUUCGAAUCCCUUCUCAUACUAUAAUUUGUCAUAAAAUAACUCUCCAAAAGACAAUAAAACCCCUUCCAUCAUUCUCCCCUCACCGUCCCUAGGGUUUGUCAAUUGUCACUGGUUCCUGUCUAAGCGAUAAAAACUGGUCCACCAUGAAAAUAAAGCUCCACACACCGAUCAACACUGGCCCAUUACCGGAACCGGAGUUCUCCUUCAGAUUGACCAAAGUAGCGUUGGCCCAGAUCUGCAAAUCGGUGGGCUUCAAGGCGGCCCAAAGCUCAGCCCUCGAAGCGCUCACAGACAUCGCCACCAGGUACUUGAAAGUAAUAGCCAAGUUGGCUGCAGACUCUGCCAAUUCUUGCCGCCGCACUGAAUCGAACCUCCUUGACGUCAUCGUUGCCCUCGAGGAUUUAGGUUCUGUACGAGGUUUUCGGGGUGGGUCUGAUACAAAAGUACGUACAUUGUACAAGUCGCAGGUGGUUAAAGAUUUGAUGGAGUUUGUUAAGUAUACAGAUGAAAUCCCGUUUGCUCGGCCGUUGGAUGGGAAGUUUUUUUGUGGGGGUGGAAAAGUGAAUUUUUUGAAACAUACGGGGGUUGAGGAUAAUAAUAAUAAUUGGUAUUGUAAUGGGGCGGGAUUAAUGCACGUGCCAAGGUGGUUGCCUAUUAUGCCGGAGAUGGGUGGCGAGGAAAAGGGAGAGGGAAGGAAAAGGGAGGGAAAAUGGGGGUGUUUGGAUGGUGGCAUUGAGGGGGACGGGGAAAAGAGAUGGGAGAGGGGAAUUGGGGAGGGAAAAGUGGUCGAAAAAGAGGGAAGUAAAGAAAUUGAAUUGUUAAGGAAUAGAAAGAAGGUGAAGUUUAAAUUGAGGGUGGAUGGGAACAGAAGUGAUGGUGCAAUAGUGGGGGAUUAUAGGGGUGAGGUGUGUAGGGGUGUUGGAAUUGGGAAAAGGGUUCUUUGCAAGGAUUGGAGUGGCGGUGGAGGUGGUUGCGACGGGAAGAAAAUAAGAGGAUGUUAAAGAGACACGAAUAAGAUAUCAAGAUAGCGUAGCGUAAGUAAGAAGAACUGGUUGGAGAUCAUAAUGUUCACUCAAACAUUGACUUUGGUGCGAUACAAUGGAAUGUAAGGAAGUUCCAUAAUUUGAGAGAGAAAAUGGAUUAGAAACAAGCAAGCAUUGUGAUAUUUUGAAGGAAUCGAACUACGGUUGAUGGAGGAAAAACAUGCUCGCAAGUCACUAAUACCAAACGGAUUAUGCUCGCUGUUGGCUAAAGUUUUGAAUCUGUUCUUUUUUUUCACUAGAAUUUGGUUCCAAACAGAUUUUGUACCUUGUUAUUUAUGGUCAUGAAUGAUGCCUGACCUCAGAAUAAGUGGAACCAUGUCUUCAUUGUAGUGAACAAGUUGAAUUUAAGUCCCGGAAUUAUAUUUAAUUACUAUAAUAUUACUAUGCUUGAUA